GUGUGUAAGUUGAGGAAAUCGUUGUAUGGCCUGAAGCAAUCUCCAAGAGCCUGGUUUGGGAGAUUUUCAAAGUCCAUGAGAACUUUUGGAUACAAACAGAGCAAUUCUGACCAUACCUUGUUUAUCAAGCGCAAGAAUGGUAAGAUUACAGCUCUUAUUGUGUAUGUUGAUGACAUGAUUGUUACAGGGGAUGAUCCAAAAGAGAUGAAUGAGUUGCAAAAGUAUCUGUCAAAGGAGUUUGAAAUGAAGGAUCUGGGGCAACUGAAGUAUUUUCUGGGUAUUGAAGUUGCGAGGUCUAAGAAGGGAAUUUCACUGUCACAGAGGAAGUAUGUUCUUGACUUACUUGCUGAAACGGGGAUGCUGGACUGCAGUCCAAUUGAGACACCCAUUGAGAUGAAUCACAGACUUGCCAUUUAUCCUGAUCAAGUUCCAACUGAUAAAGGAAGUUUAUGCAUUGUCCUAGUGAAGAACAUAUGGAUGCAGUUUUUCGGAUUUUGAGGUAUUUGAAGAUGGCGCCAGG